CCAACCCCCCACGAACUCGCAUGUGAUCGUGUGAACGGGUGAAGAACAACAACAAACCUACGGCCAAUCAGAGAGCAGAAUUGUCCAGUCUCGUGCUCCCUACUGCAGCAAGAACGGAUAACGGAAACAAACAUGCCCGAAGUUCCAGCAGCGGAGACCGGACCGUCCGUCAAGGCGCCGAGGAAGCGGCCUCUACAGAUCGGAGAAGAUUUCACCGUAAAAAAAAAGUCUCGAUGGGGCAUUCUCACGAGCCAAGGUUCAUGGGCAGACCGCUCACCCCUGCACGAGGCAGCCUGUCAGGGACGACUUCUAGCCCUGAGGACCCUGCUGUCUCAGGGUUACCAUGCCAACAUCAUCACAAUAGACCACGUGACUCCUCUGCAUGAAGCCUGUCUGUCGGACCGGGUGGCCUGCACUAGAGCGCUGCUUCAGGCAGGAGCUAACGUGAAUGCCACUACCAUAGAUGGUGUGACCCCUCUGUUCAACGCCUGCUCGGCUGGCAGUGCCAGCUGUACCCAGGUGCUCCUGGAGCAUGGAGCCCAGGCCCAGGCAUCCCCCUGCCAGCCCUCCCCCAUCCACGAGGCUUCCAGCAGAGGGCGGAGUGCGUGUCUGGAGGCGUUGGUUCGUUGGGAGGCAGAUGUGGAUUACGUAAUCCCUCACCUGGGCACCGCGCUCUACCAGGCCAGCCUCUCUAAACACCUGGUCUGUAUCAAGCUGCUGCUGGAUGCAGGUGCAGACGUCCAGAGGGGUCGUUACGAGGACACGCCCCUCCAUGUGGCGGCUCAGGGAGACAGUGAGGAGCUCGUUUCCCUGCUGCUGGAGUUUGGAGCCAACGCCAACGCCAGGAACACUGAGCAGAAACGACCGUUGGAGACAGCGCCCCCUAGUGGACUGGCAGAGGCAGCGCUACUACAGUUUGAAGCGGCCCCUAGGUCCUUGCGCCAGCUGUGUCGCCUCAGCAUCAGAGAACAGCUAGGACGCCGUAGACUCAACCUCAUCCCUCAACUGCCCCUCCCCAGCCUGCUGCAGCGCUACCUACAGCACCGAUAGACCACACACACACACACACACACUAGCACAUAGAUGUAUAAAUACUGACACACACCCCACAAUAUCCACCCUCUUCACAACACACACACACUAACACAUACAACAAAUUCAAAUGAAUGGGUCGUUAUGAAGCUCUGCGGAAACGGGUAAUGACAUUAAUUUGAAUCAGGUGUGUUGGAGCAGGGAAACAUCUAAAACAUGCAGGACAGCGGCCCUCGAGGACCGGAAUUGGAGAACCCUAUUGUAGAGCGUGGCGUGGCGUUACCAAAUGGUGAUACCUGAUGGUGAUACCUGAUUGCGUUACCUGAUGGUGAUACCCGAUGGCGUUACCUAAUGGUGAUACUUGAUUGCGUUGCCUGAUGGUGAUACCUGAUUGCGUUACCUGAUGGUGAUACCUGAUGGUGAUACCUGAUGGUGAUACCUGAUUGCGUUACCUGAUUGCGUUACCUGAUUGCGUUACCUGAUGGUGAUACCUGAUUGCGUUACCUGAUGGUGAUACCUGAUGGUGAUACCCGAUGGCGUUACCUAAUGGUGAUACCUGAUUGCGUUACCUGAUGGUGAUACCUGAUGGUGUUACCUGAUGGUGAUACCUGAUAGUGAUACCUGAUUGCGUUACCUGAUGGGGAGCAGCCGUGCCGCCCGUCCACACAGCUGUGGGAAAUUGUCUGAAGACUCCAACCAUCCGUGAGGCGCUUGAAAGCUCUGCGGACUUUACGACACACACACAUACAUCAACACACACCACACACACCUUAACACACUUCUCUCCAUAUUUGUUUGUUAUUGUAACAAAAUAAGUGCAUUUACUACUCCGACUGAUCCUCUUCCUUAAUCUCAUCUCUGUCUGUUUGUCACACACACACACACACACACACACACACACACACACACACACACACACACACACACACACCCGGCAGCUCACAAACACAUUGUACAAGAUAGAAUAUUGUUCAAGUCUUAUCGUCAUAUUCUAUGAAUGAUGCUAUGUUUAACUAUUAUUUAUAUAACCCAUCAUGCUGAACAGUAAAAUGUGGAUUGUUGACUCCCAAAUGUACAGUAUUUUUAUUUUGCCAAAAAUUAAACUAAAUCUAAACUGG